AAGAAAUAUACAGGGUAUUAUUUUGGGAAACCACAUCUUAACAAAACUCACUCCUAUCAUCCUUGGCGAAACUCUUGCAACAAAUAAUCAAAGAAAUCGAGAUGUCAAUCCCCUCCAUAUCCACGUUCAUGUCCAAAUAUUCAAACCCUAUUACGCUCCAAUUACUCUCUCACGAAACCCUCUGCUCUGACUCUAUUAUAUGCUUGGUCUUGAAGUCGUUGUGCGAAGAAGUUUUGGCGGAGACUCACUCAGUCGAUCGAGGUUUGCAGAAGAUUAAGUUUCCUUGAGUACAAUGUGAAUCUUUAUGUUAAUGAUGAUGGUCCUUACAAGAGCUAGGCCUGAAGAAGAUUCCCGAGCACCUACAAAUCCGAUGGUGGCCGAGGGAAGCGCAUCUGCUAGAGUACCGAGAAAGAACCGUAGACGCAAGUCUAAAGACAUUACAACUAUCGAUUCACCUGCAGAACCAUAUGUAGAUCAACAUGUAGAACAAUCUGCAGAAGAAUAUGCAAAUCCCCCAAAGAGGCGUGGUCCAAGUAUAAAUCACAACGUUACAAGGUAUUUACAGAAUAUGCCAGAGGGUUUCAAAAUUACUUUGACACUAGAUAAGGCCACAAAAGCCUUCGUUGGGACUUCAGCAACCGAUUUUGCAACCGAGUUAGGAAUAAUUGUUCGCGAUGUUUUGCCGAUGAGAUUUCACAAAUGGGAUUCGGUACCGGAAGAUGUGAAAACUUUGAUGUAUGAGAAAUUAGAACAUGGGAGGUAGGUGUUGGUCCUGUGUUAAGGAAAAAAGAUAACUGGAUGAAAUCGUCAGUCGAAUCAUCUCAACGAGAUUCAACUGAGAACGAAGAUUUGAGAAAUCAGGUUACUGAACUCAAGGAGGAAUUGAAACAGAGUAACGAAAAAUACGAAAGAGUGACAGAGUUCUUGAGUAGAAAAUAUCCAGAUUUUGAGAGCACAAUAUCUACAAAUGAUGCUAGUGAAGAUGAUGGUUUGAAUGCACUACACAAUGAAAGUGACAACACUAUCUAGGCAGUUAGUUAAGACGUUUAUUACUUUUUUUUUCUCUAAUACUCUUCUAAAUUUUAGAAUUGAUGAACUGGUGUUAUUUUCAUUUUCAUUGUCUAUUGUUAUGACAUUAAUGCUUGAGUUUAUUGUGAUUUUAAGAAAGCAAGAAUCAUUUUGACGAAUAA